CUGGCCAUUAACGCCGAUGAUGGGAGUUCAGCAAAAAUGUGCUGGAUCUCUGAUGCUGUCGUCCACCAGGGGGUGAACGCUGGUUACUACAGUGUAGUCUUCAUCUUCACCUUCACUGUAUUUGUAAUGACUGUGCGGCAGAUUAUUCUCCUGCCUGCAUCAGGGAAAGCUGAUGGCAACAGCCGCAUCAAGACAAACUCUUUCUCCAUUCUCGGCCUGUUCCUCCUUCUUGGCAUCACCUGGGCUUUUGCUUUCCUCAGCUAUGGACCUCUGCUCACUGCCUCCUACUACAUCUUCACCAUCCUCAACUCCUUCCAAGGUUUCUUUCUGUUCAUCUACUAUUACAACAGCAGAAUGGUUGUUGGAGAGGACAAGAGCACCACGGUCAGCAGCACAGCUACAUUAAACACUUCCUACGAUCAACAGAAAUAAAGUGUUUAUGUGAUGUGAUUUUCAAAUGGGGACAGAAAGUGUUUAUUUGAACACAAGAGGGCAGCAUUUUAUUUCACAUGCUUAAGCAGAGCCUCCAUUGAAUGAGGUGCUGGGAAAUUGCUAUAUUAAAAAAAAUCCUUAUCCCUGACUACCUGGCUAAUCUGGAUUACCUUCUUUGACAAUGAAUCACACACUGACAAAAAAAACAUGGAGCAAUCUCCUGGAAAUCAUUUGUGCUCAUGACUCAACAGAAGCCCAGCCUUACUCACUGUGGAACAUGCAGUAAAGUUUGUGAUUCACUCACAAUAUAUGGCAAAUCAAAAGCUGCAGUCAUGCACUGGAAUGUGACAUGUUUAGGGAGAAAAAUAUGGCCCUUUUAUGAAGGAUGUGGUUGUCAUAUGGACUGAAGAUUGCAGAAAAAUAAAACAAGGUGGAGGGAAGGCUCGUCUCUCACACUCUUCAGAGUGUUGGGGGGCCGAGCUAGCCAAAUAGCGUUUGCGUGCCUGCAGAUAAUUACCAUGUGCCUACAGAGAGCAGUAUCUACUGUGCGGGGAGCCUUAACUGGCUAACAAGAAAUGAGCUCAUGGCUACCUAUAGUGAUACGAGGCCUGAGGGCAUGGCACUGUGUUGAAACUAUUCUCUGAAAUAUGGCUGUAGUUAAUGAGCAUUUAUAUCAUUUAAUAAGUUAAGUGUAUCCUGGAAAACUGCAUGACAUGAAUGACAAGGAGUCUUUUUCUGAUGUUGACCAAUAAUCAAUUCUUCCCUGCAUUUUGUACCUGACAUGUUAUGAUCUGAUAUAUUCAAUAUUCUGUAUUCUAAGUAUGAUCAUAACAUAUUCAGUCUUGAGUUUUACAUUUAAAAAACAAUUAUAUUCUAAUUAAAUGUAUAUCUAUUAUAUAUUUUUUGAGAUCACUAUAGCUUGGCAAAGUGUGACUUUUUAUUUGAAUUUUUUUUUUAAUUUUCAAAGUUUUUUGUAUUUCCUUUGGUGGACAUGUUGUCUGGGUUAUUCUUAGAGACACUAUUUUUUUGUUUAACUGUCCUGUCUACAAGGCAUAUCAGAUGUACUUUUAGAUAACAAGAUGUCCUACAUGUAUGCUGAUUUCUUUUGGUUGGAUGACUGUUAAAUAAAAACUUGAACUGUGUCAGGAAAGGAAACCUUUUUUUGUCAAUUUAUUUGCCAAAUUUGGAGAAAAAUCGGAUUUUUGACAACUUUAACUGUAUUUUAGGUGUCUUAUAAAUCAAUGAGGGUUGUGUGCUUUAUGCGCAUGAUGCGAAAAUAAAGAAAUCAAUCAAUCAUA